AUGGAAAAGGUUGGCCAGUCGCCAGAACACAGAAAGUUCCAGGCGAAAAGGUUUGCCGUUCCUCCACCAGUAAAACAAAAACCCACAAAAGAGCCACGUCCACAAACUCAACCAGAAACCCAACCAUUUAUCCCAUACAAAUAUUCAGAAACCUUUUUAAAAAGAAAAGCAGUGUUUGAGGCGGAUGACCCAUCAGCACAAGUAACCACUUCAUUGUAUAGAAACACUAUGAAAUUCACAAUAAUCGACGAAUACAAUGAAGAAGGAGAAAUCAACGUUGCAACAGUGAUCUCGCACAAACAAACGACAUUACCUAAAAUUGGAGAACGACGAAUUUUGUCUACCGACGUCGUUUUAACUUCAAGAAACGACACCGUCUCAUUUGUGGAGACAAAAGGAAAGUUCAUCAUGACAAAUUAUAAAAUCGAAUUUCAAGCAGAACUCGACUUCUUCUCGUUUUAUGUCCCGCUAAUCAAAAUCGCCAACUUCAAAAAAAUCAACACAAAUGAACGCGUCCGAAAGCGACUCUUUUACAUCGAGACAAAAGACAACCAAUGCUUCACAUUCUCAUUCGACGAUAACCAACGCCUUCGGCGUGCUGUUAACAAAGAACUUUUGAAUCGAGUUUACACAACAUCGCCAGAAAUGCUUUUCAUCUUCUGCUCGCCUUCUUUUAAGAAGACAAAAGCGUUUUACAACUUUCAACGUGAAUUUGAGCGACAGGGGGUGUUCCAGGUUUGGGACGUAUACAGUGGAAAUUCACGGUAUGCGAUGUCUUCCACUUAUCCGGCUUUGGUGUAUGUGCCAAAGACAGCCACCGACGCGAUGAUUAAAAGUGCUAUUAACUAUAGAAGUAAAGGAAGAUUUCCAGUGCUGACGUGGUUCAAUGACAAAAUGGGUUCUGCACUACUAAGAAGCUCGCAACCAUUACCUGGACUUAUUACUUCAGUCACUACAAAACAAAUUCCAGGGGAUAUGGACUAUCUGUGUAAAGUAGAUGAAGUCACAGGUAGAAAGUUGUUGCAUGUCCUCGACUCGAGACCAUUACUCAAUGCUAUGACUAAUAAAGCAGCUGGAGGAGGAUAUGAAGACGAAAACACUUAUCCAUUUCUUAAAGUCGAUUUUGAAAAUAUUCCGAAUAUUCACAUUGUGAGAGAAACGUGGAGACAACUGUAUUUGAGUGUGUAUGGGAUCUCGACAAAAUUCAUCGAUGAAAAUUUUAUUAAAACAAAAGAAGUUGUGCGGUGGUUCCAAUUGCAAGAAGCCGUGUUAAACUCUUCGGAAAAGACAAGCAAAUUGAUUGAAAGUGGAACAAGUGUGUUGGUACAUUGUUCUGAUGGAUGGGACCGAACUGCGCAGUGUUGUGGAAUAGCAGAAAUAAUAUUAGACGGGUAUUACAGAACAUUGGAAGGGUUUAUUGUGUUGGUUGAAAAGGAUUGGAAGAGCUUUGGACAUCGUUUUAUGACAAGGACUGGCUUUGCUGUAGAAUGUCCAUUUGGGCAAUACUCUCCAAUCUUUUUCCAAUUUUUAGACUGUGUGCACAUCCUGAUGAAUACAUUUACUCACAAAUUUGAGUUCAAUGAAGACUUUUUGGUUGAGCUGAACGAAGCAAUUUUCAGUGCGGCAUUUGGAACGUUCAUGUUUGAUACCGAAAAGGAAAGGGUUGAAACAAAAGUCGAAGAGAAGACACCUUGCUUCUGGGAAUAUGUCUUUCAAAAUAGAACAAAGUUUGUGAAUAUCACUUACGAUGGGCAGAUGGGCAAAUUGGAUUUGGAAACGACACAACCGAAGAUGGUGAUUUGGGAAAAAUACUUUUUGAGGAACAAAGUCGUUGUUCCCAAAAAGGAUGAAAACUCCGAGAUAGAAAAACAUGAUAAAAAGCCUUCGGGUGGGUAA